GCUGCCCUGGAUGUGAACUCCGCUCCUGUCUCUGCUCUCCUCUCUCUGUCUCUGGGACGAUGUCGGCUCGCCUCUUCUUUCUGGGAUACUUUGUGGCUCUUUGCUGUCAGCGGUCGUUUGGUGUGAUCGUGGAAUCAGAAAACCUUGAUGUCAGAGAACUGGAGUUUGGAGAGGCAAUUCUCAGCUGUAGAUAUAAACUGGAAAAGGAUCAGGAUGUUAGGCUCGAGUGGAAAAAAAUGGGUCCCAAUGGAGAAGUCUCCUUUGUUUAUUUUAAAAAUGCUUUAUCAGGUGACUUACAGACACGAGCAGAGAUGAUGAGCUCCAGUAUCAGGAUUAAAAACCUGACAAGAGGAGACUCUGGGAAAUAUCGGUGUGAAGUCAGCGCUCCUCGAGACAACAAAAACUUCCAUGAAAUCAUCAUCACGUUAAACGUCUUAGUGGCCCCGAGCAUUCCAGUGUGUGAUAUUCCAAGCUCAGCUAUGAGCGGCAGUGCCGUAGAACUGAAAUGUGGGGAGAAGGAAGGGAACCCAGCUUCCGAAUAUCGGUGGUUCAAAGACGGUUUACCUUUGGAUAACCAGAACCCGAACUCCAGAUCUGUCAAUGUGACCUAUAAAGUGGAUAAAACCACAGGCACUCUGCACUUCAGCACCGUCACCAAACAAGAUACAGGAGAAUACUACUGCGAGGCCAGUAAUAGGAUCGGCAAAUCACAGAGGUGUCUUGGAAAAAAAUUGCAAGUUGAGGACUUGAACUGGGCUGGGAUCAUAUCAGCAGCAGUGAUUGUGGGAGUUCUCAUCAUUUUAUGUGGCUGUGGUGUGUGCUAUGCUCAGAGGCGAGGAUACUUCUCUGGUGGGAAAUCCUCUGACAGGAAAGAAGGUUCUCACAUGUCAGCAUCACAAAAGGAAAAUGAUUUCAAGCACACCAAGUCCUUUGUCAUAUGAGGGGCCACUUUGUAAAGGCAGCCAUUUUGACCGCGAUGUUUCUUGAAUGGCAUGCUCCAUUGUCAAUAAGACGGACUUGAAAAGAAUAUCUAUUUUUACAGAAAAUGUAAAUUACCAUGUUCAGAAGAGGAAACCAUUUGUGCUUUAAUGUGAACGGCCAAAUCAGCAUGGGGACAGCGAUCGUCAUUGAGUCUUUUGCUACUGUGACAAGAAGGCCACCCUGCAGCUUCAGACUCUUCCCUGCUAUAAAUUACCGUGCAGUGUUCUAGUAGUUUCCUAUACAUACUUCAUAGACAGAGCUCACGUGUAUAGAGAGAAAUUCAGAGCUCAAUGCUUAGCCUAAUAUAGAAGAGAAUCUCAAUCAUAUGUGUCACCUAACACAAGGAGAGAUAUUAGUAGGGCAGGCAGUUUAGGAGGCCUUGUACUGAAGCUAGUCCUUUAGUAUUCUAACUUCUGGAUGGAAAGCAUUGUUAUAAAAAUGUUCACCAAAUGCAACCUAAAACAAGGGAGCUGUAACAGAA